AAUGUGGACCCCACCCCUAACCAUUGUGUCGGGGAGGAUCAUGAACAAGAGGCUAGAUUCUGGCCAAUCAGAAUGAAGUAUGUAAAUGAGCAACCUGGGCGGCUGCGGGGGUGGGAUUCCAGGACACUGUGCGGUAGUCCUUAAACAGUGCUGACCCAGCGAGCUCGAGAAGCACAGAGGAGACUCUGGUGAGCUGCUGGGGGCUCCAGGGCCUCCGGUCUGAAAGACCAGAAGAAGUUUGUACACACGCGCCGUCCCAGACUCUUGCAAAAAGAAGCAACGACUUGAAUGUCCACAGAUGCGUGGCAGAGGAGUCUGCAUCUGUGCUGUGGAACCUGAGAAAGGAAGCAGAAAACAAAUUUAAUUAUCCACAUCAUGGCAAGGUACCGCCACCACUCAGGAUAUCUGGCUGACGAUGAAGGUCACAGCACCUAUAUGGCUCAGCUACCCAAGAGGCAUCUGUUCCCAGAAAGGAGGCCGAACUGCAAGCUUGGACGUAUGCCCCACCUACCAUCAAUGAACCGGUAUUCAGAGCACCAGGGCCACCAGCAGAACCCUCUGCGCCCUCAAGCGUUUGGCAGCUUCCUGGAUUUUCUGACAGAGGGUCAGGUACUGGACAGCUUGCAGACGGUGGUGGAGCAGGCAACAGAGCGUUUAGCUGCCAUGAAGACAGAGGAUGGAGUGCCACUGGUGGAUAUACAAGACCCAGUGGAGGUGCCAAGUGGUAGGCAGCGGGCUCGAGCCAGACCCAGCAUCAACACUGUGCAUCGGCACCGCGCCCGGCCCACGCUGUGUGCUGGACACCCAAACAAUUACCCAUCUUGCUCCAGCUCCAUGUCCGAUUCCCAUAGCAGCAUCACGGCUGGCUGGUUGGGCUCCCACAGCCAAGAUAGUGACCCUGGUGCCCACCGCAUAGGCUCACUGCCACCUGUGAGGGACAAACUCCUGCUUGAGAAAAACCUCAAGAGGCUACUGCGACUAGAGAACAAAGGGAAAGGUCUGAAUCAACCCUGCUCCCAGAGGGAUUCUCUGCUGUGGGACUCACUGGGCAGCCAGACCAGCAGUCAGUGGACCCGGGAGCAGCCCCUGUCUUGGUUCUCUGGGCUUUUGGGCUCCAGCUCAGUCACCCCUGAGACAUCAGAGUUGGGACUUGGAGAACAGGAGAUGAUUUUCCUCAAAGAAGAGUUAAACAAGGAGAUGAAGUCACUGCUAAACCAGCCUGCAUCCUUCAACCUGCCUGCCUAUUGUUCCCUCAGGGAACCCCAUUGUACUCUGGACUUCCUGGCUGAGCAUCACCUCUUUCCUGCCCUGCAGCGUGUGGUCCACCAGGCUGUAGACAAGCUCAGCCAUGCCUGCCGCCACAAUGGCUUCCCUCUCUUCCCCGUUGCCUCAGAGCCCACCCCAAUGCUGCCCGGGAACUCUGAUCUUCUGCAGUCGCACUCCAAAGCGUCCAUUCCCACCACCAGGGAGGAUGGGGAGGAGCCUUUUGAUUCUCCCACCACAGCCUCCAGCCCUAAGACAUCUCGCAGGAAAAGCAAGGGCAGACGGGACUCCCCUUCCAUGUCUAAUGCCCAAAUGGCUACCAGAUUCAGGCUAAAGAGCCCCAACACGAAGCUUCCAAGGAAGAAGCCUCUGCCGUCCAUCUCGUCUGUGUCCAGCAUGUCCUACAUCUCUAACCCCUGGUUUGAGGAACUCACUAACUUCUUGGUUGAGCAGGCAGUCUCCUUGCUUGUCUGCAAGUACAAGUUUGAGGAAAGCCUCCAGAAGCAACUUGGCUUCAUCUCCUUUCCUGUCACUGAGGUUCUCAUGGACAUCUUCCUGGGGUUCAAGAAGGUGAAGGGCAACCACAUCCGUCUGUCCUCAGACAUCAACUGGACCUGUCUUCUGCGUAAGAUGGAAGAAGCCGAGUUGGCGAGGCAGGCCAUGAGGCACGCCUCUAAGACAGGAGCCUCCCAACCUAGUGCCUCCCGUGUUGGCACUUCCCACCGUAGCACAGAAUCACCCUCUGUGCAACCUGAACUUACUGGUGACACCAAUCAGGACCAGAGUACAGAGUCCCGCUUCUCCCUCCGUCCUGAGUUGCCAAUCCACCAGGUGCUUAGCCCUCAGGACCCUGGUACAGGCCAGGAGCAGAUGCCCAGGAGUCCUGCAGAGCCCAAGCUGUCUGUGUUCUCCAGUGCUGGGAUGGGCUCCGGAACCUCCAAGGAAAUAAGAAAUGCCGAAGAGGAAGAGGACAGUGAAGAGGGUGAGGAGGACAGAGGAAGUGAGGAAGAUGAAAUCAUAGAUUUCUCCGAGAGUGAGCAAACCCCCACUAGCCUGCCUGAACAUGAGCUAGAGGACUUUACCAAUGAGUCCAUUGAAAUGAGCCCUGGUUACUCCCCAUGAGACCCCUGUAAGGUACACAGAAUACUCCAGUCUUUGCCUCCUCCUGCCCUAUCCAAGUAGUUGGCCACCCAGUCAGCUGCUGUCCUGAGUAAGGGUCUUACAACCGGGUGCUCAGCAAGAGUUCUGUUAAUGUUAUCAAAGGAGCCAAAGAGACAAAAGGAAAUAAAUUACACGUUGAUGGA